GGGCUUUUCCCCAGUGUCAUCAAAAAAAAAAAAACACCUUUAUAUAUUAGCUUUCAGUCAAGCUAGACAGAGCUUGAAGAAGAAAAAGAAGCUUGUUUUGUGUAUCAGUCAACAAUGGCGGAUGAGGUUGUUCUUUUGGACUUCUGUGCAAGCAUGUUUGCGAUGAGGGCGAGAGUGGCGCUGGCUGAGAAGGGUGUCAAGUAUGAGAACAGAGAGGAGGACUUGAGGAACAAGAGUUCAUUGCUUCUGCAGAUGAACCCGGUUCACAAGAUGAUCCCUGUUCUCAUCCACAACGGUAAACCGAUCUGUGAGUCUCUGAUCAUUGUGCAGUAUGUUGAUGAGGUUUGGAGGGACAAAGCUCCUCUGCUUCCCUCUGAUCCUUACCAGAGAGCUCGGUCAAGGUUCUGGGCUGACUUCAUUGAUAAGAAGCUAUAUGUUGCUUCGAGGAAAAUAUGGGGCACAAAAGGAGAGGAACAAGAGGCAGGCAAGAAGGAAUUCAUUGAAGCCCUCAAGCAGUUGGAAGGAGAGCUUGGGGACAGGCCUUAUUUUGAGGGUGAGAGCUUUGGGUUCUUGGACAUUGCUCUUAUCCCAUUCUACAGCUGGUUCUAUGCAUAUGAGACCUUUGGAAACUUCAGCACAGAGGCAGAGUGCCCCAAGCUGAUUGAAUGGGCCAAGAGGUGCAUGCACCGGGAGAGCGUGUCGAAAUCUCUUGCAGACCCUAAAAAGGUGUACGAGUCUCUUGUUAAUUGGGUAUAGAACAGGCUGCUAGCCAGCAGCAGACUAUCAACAAUAGUAAUGCAGACACUUUGAUGUGUUUGCCUAUUGUUAUGAAUAAAGUGUUCAUAUGUAGAAAUAGUAAUGAUAUUUGCCGUCGACAAUAGUAAUGCAGACACUUUGAUGUGUUUGCCUAUUGCUAUGAAUAAAGUGUUCAUAUGUAGAAAGGGUGUUUCUGAGUUGCAUGUUUUUUGGCUGCU